GACGCGGAUUGUUGCGCUGCUCGAAAAAGGCCACGCCAAGCGGGCAAGACAGAUAUGGACGCUAGUGGACUCAUGCUGAUGUCAUGUCAGCGUCCUCCAACAGGACAUUACACAUGGCAUGCCAUGGGAUGGCAGCUCAAAAGGAGCUCCCUCUCAUGGAACAUACAGUGUGUUCCACUAACACGUACGUCCACAGCUGCCUUCGCACAAGGUAGACAGCCAGGCAGGCAGGCAGGCAGGCAGUACCCAUGGUGAAUCACGAGGUGACAGCUGCUGAUGCAGAAGAUGCACUGGCCGAUGUGCUGUGGUGGAACACCCCGUCCGUCUGUGGACCGGGUGUGAGGGCAUUGGGGCGUUUGGGGGGGUACUUGAACACAUUCAGCAAAGCGUCCUUGAACACGUUGAUGUUGUAGUCAAGCUGCACAAACAAAACAUGCACACACAAAGUAAGGGUGGGACAUGACAUGUACAAGCAUUCACCACCUGCUGGUGGUGCGGGUGGGUGGGUGUUUGUGUAACUGACUGACUGACCAUGUGCUGUCGGUCAAAGUACUCCUCCCGGACCACACACACGAGAGCAAGGAAUCUGAUGGACAACGGGAGAUGGAUGCGCUACCCUACCCCGUGUGUGAGAGUGAUUUGGUUCGCAGCGCACCUGUCGACUUCCCUGAGGUAGAGAAGUAUGUUGUUGUCGAGGUUGAUGACACAGUUGGACUGCGCGUCGUACUGACUGUCGCUCAUCGACCUGAACAGACAGGCAUCAACCAGAUGGCGCCUGUGCGUCGGUGGCUGUGUGGCGGUGGCAUCAGCGGAGCGUGUGUGCCGCCCGCCCGACCGACCGACCCAUAUAUGCACGAGACAUCGAUGACGACAUCGAUCAUGUCGGAGCACAGCUCGUACACGUGCGCAUCCACAGACGAUGUGUCUGACACGACACACAGCACAGCACAGCACAGCAAGGGCACAGCACAUGGCACACCCCAUAGCAUACCCCUAACCCACCCGUGGCGAUGAAGAGCUUCGACACGACGUCAAACAGAAAAGCCUUCUCCAUACGACACGUCUGCACACAGACACAGAGACACACACACAGCCUUGACCACGCAAUCAAUCAGCGGCACUGCACCGAAUGGGUGUGCAUUCAUCUAUCCAUCUAUCCAUCAGUGGGUGGGUGUGGGUUGUGUUGCGUACGGUGACGAGGAGGUCUAGCAGCUGUUCGAGUGUGGGUAUCUGUGGGAUGAGCCGCUGCACCACUCGACUGAACGCCUCGAACACCGUGUGGUCGUAUAUACUGAACAGAACACACAUUCACGUUUGCAGACAGAAUGAGGGAACGGACGGGUGGGUGUUUUGAUUGACGGAGUGUGGCUGUUGUUUGACCUGGUGGCAUUGAAAGUGACGUUGGGUUCUUUGAGGCCCCGCUCGUACAAAUGCUCCAUCAGGUUCGUGUGGAUCUCACGCUGACAGUCUGCACACACUCAGACAACACACACCACACAGGAAAUGCAUCGAUCGCCUCUCAUCUGUUAUGUAUGGUGACACAUGCAUACCGAUCUUGGCCCCAUCUGACGACGCGAAGACGUCACCGUCGACCUGACGGCACACAGAGGGGCAGCAGGUUAGAUUUGUGUUGAUUGGGUAGGGUAGGCCUACACCUGUCUGUCGUCCCUCCCUGCCUGCCGCUAACCUUGUGGAUGAACACCUCAAAGUUGAUGUUCUUGUUGACCUGCUCAUGUCAUGUCAUGCAUAGGCACACACACACGACAGAAGCAACACAAACAAGAUCCAGGCAUCCAUCCAUCCACCCAGCCAUCCAGUCAGUCGCCGACGCGCUCCGCUCAUCCCCUGGAUGUGAUGCGCUUACGUUCCAGGCCCUGGUGAUGACCUCAGUGGCAUGUUUGAUCUCCGCCUGGUAGGGCUCGUUCUGCGCCGAUAUGACCACGAUGAGUGCGCUGGUCUUGGAGUAGACGAGCUUCUCCUGCGACUCGUCGGGGAUGAGCCCGCUGGGCGCGUCGCCGAUGGCGAAACGGAUCAGGUUGUUGGUCGCAACCCCUGCAGGCACAGAUAGAUGUCAACACACCGAGAUAGAUGGUUUGUCUGGUGCUGUGUGCUGGUCGGUGUGUGUGGGUUUUGUGGCUGACUGACUGACUGACUUUGCACGUCGAUGGUGAAGCUUCUGUUUGGCGCCAGCUCGAAGGUCUCGUAAGGGGAAGUCUUGUGGAAGAUCACUCGAAUUAUGGAGGUCUUCCCGGCCCUACCAGGUGCACAGACAGACACAGACACCAUGGAUGGACGCAUCGAUGAAGGCAGCUCUUUGCUCGUGUGCAAUUGCUGGUGCGUAUCUGCCUACUUGGGCAGCCCAACCAUUAGGAUCUUGGGCGUGUCGUCCAGCCAUAUCUCACGACUGCUCAACACACACACACAUGCACACACACACAAAAGACGUCCAAUGUCUGCAGUGGAAUGCAUUGUGGUAACACUGUGUGCCAUCCCUCUUGCCUCUCGUCGUCGGCGAAUAUUCUCUCAGGAGCCGCCUGCACACAUCACACAAAGCACAGUCAGCAAGGCUGAGAGCGUCAUCAGCGUUCCAACGCUCACCAUCUUCAAACGCGAUGGUCAAUUCGUUUCAGAUCUCUUGAGACGCCGCACAGCACAGCGCGCGGUUUCUUCUU